AUGUCAGCAGCUGCAACUCCUGCUUCUGAAGAUGAUGUGAGCGUUUCCAUCGUCGACACAGAAGCCACUGCCAGUGGCGUGCCGGAGUUCGACCUCCUUGCGGGUGGAACGGCGGAGAACAAGGAGCGCGCGGAUUCAGCGGAGGCAGGCCGCGGAAUGGAAAGCGUAACCAAGAACGGCGGCGUUGGGAGCAGACCCGCCGCUGGCGUGCGGCAUGGCGGAGACCGCGAGGGAAGCUUCAAGCGGAGGAUCUUCGGAAGCUUCAGCAGCGCUGCGAGCAGCGAUAACUGCAACCACGAUGGCGAAAACGGCGGACAAGAUGCGGAUUCCUCUCCCCAGGAGCCGAAAAUGGGCCACUCGCACUACUCGCACCGCUCUCCCUGGCUGCGCGCCGCACUGCUCGGCGCGAACGACGGGCUCGUGUCCACCGCGUCGCUCAUGAUCGGCGUAGGAGCCGUGGAGGAAGACAAAAGCACCAUGGUGAUAUCCGGCCUCUCUGGGCUUGUCGCAGGCGCGUGCAGCAUGGCUAUCGGCGAGUAUAUCUCCGUGUUUGGGCAGCGCGACACGGAGGAGGCGGAUCUGCGGAAAGAACGGGCGGAGUUUGCGAAGGGACCAGAGGCGUGCGCGCGGGAGCUGGAAGAGCUGACUCUGAUUUAUGUGGAGCGAGGGUUGUCGUACGAGUUGGCGCGCACUGUGGCCGUUGAGCUGCAUAAAGGCGACCCCAUCAGAGCGCAUGCAAGGGACGAGCUGGGCAUUGACAUGGAUGCGCUGUCGAGCCCUGGACAGGCGGCCGUUGUGUCAGCCAUAGCAUUCACCAUUGGAGGCAUGAUUCCAUUGCUAUCUGGGGCAUUCAUUUCCAAUUUCCCCACGCGGCUUACUGUCAUGAUUGUGGUUUCCACCAUCACAUUCUUAAUAUUUGGAGCAAUUGGGGCCUGGCUGGGUGGUGCAAGAAAGUUCCGUGCUGCCCUACGAACCACGAUUGGAGGCUGGCUGGCCAUGGGCAUCACCUACGCAGUGCUCAAGAUCUUUGGGACAGCAGGAGUUUGA